AUGCUCGGCGUUUUAGUUUUUUUCUUGGUGGUUUCUGCAUCCUGUGAGGAGAGAACAGUUUUCGGGAAGUUAAAAUCGGGGUUUCAACUCGCCGGAAAAUUGCUAGGGAUUGACCACGCCAAUGGGGUGGCCCAGCUAGUGACCGAGGCUUUCGGCAAAGCCCAGAAAAAAGGGGAUGGGAGUGAAGGCACAAGUAACAUUUUUUCAGGGUUUUUGAGGGUGUUAGGGUUCGAUCCCAAGAAAAUUGGCGCAAUUGCUGUGAACGCCAUUAUUUUUGUAGCCCAACUGAUAAGUUCGUCGUUAUCUCGCCCGUCUGUUCCCCAAUUAACCGAAGCUAGGGCUACGAGAGAAGGGUCACCACUUGACUGGAUGAUGGGUAGUCCAGAAGUGAUCCGAAUGUUUUCACAUAUCAAGGAUAAGGAGUUGCCUAAUCACAUCGUAAUGUACAUCAAGGAACGCUCUUUGGACGAAGAUUCGGACUGUGUGCAAUUGUUGGUUUGCAAAAGUGCCCCUUUUGUCUGGGGGAUGCAGAAGGUGUUAGAUGGGAACACCAAUAGUUCGGUCAAAGGGACCAAGUCACUAUACGCCUAUCUACCCUCUUUGGAAGAAGUGAUCGACUAUGCGGAUGAUUGCGAUAAAAAACACCCCUAUUGUUUCAUUCAUAUUUGAAAUAAAACACGUGAAAAGUACGAAAUAAUAUUUUAUUUACGAA